AUGUCCGUCAAAUUCGAGCAAGAGCAGGUCCGAACAACGUCGGCGCCUUUCGCGCCCGGUGGUCGCGAUGAGACCACCGCCCACAAGAUUGGCGAGGCCUUGACUGGUGGAAAGCAACAGACAGGUUAUCUGGCGGCAUACCUAAGACAGCUUCAAUCGAAUCCGCUGCGCACCAAGAUGCUGACCUCCGGCACAUUAUCCGCAUUGCAAGAGUUGCUGGCUUCAUGGCUCGCCCACGAUAAGAGCAAGCAUGGUCACUAUUUCUCCUCCAGAAUCCCCAAGAUGGCCGCCUAUGGCGCAUUUAUCAGUGCUCCCAUGGGUCACGUUCUUAUCGGAAUGCUCCAAUGGGUUUUUGCUGGCCGCACCAGCUUGAGGGCAAAGAUUCUUCAGAUCUUGACCAGCAACUUAGUGAUUGCUCCCAUCCAAAACACUGUCUACCUCGCCUCCAUGGCCAUCAUUGCUGGUGCCCGCACCUGGCACCAAGUCCGCGCCACCAUCCGCGCCGGCUUUUGGCCCGUUAUGCGCGUCAGCUGGAUUACCUCUCCGCUGGCUUUGGCAUUCGCCCAGAAAUUCCUCCCUGAGCAGACUUGGGUGCCAUUUUUCAAUGUCGUGGCUUUCUGCAUCGGCACCUACAUUAACACUCACACGAAGAAGAAGAGACUUGCUGCUUUGAGGAAGAAGCAUUACGGUGAUGGACGAAGCUCUUCGGGACGUCCAGACGAGCGAUACUAG